UGCGGGGAGGGGGCAAAAGAGACGGGGUCUGGACUAGGACGGUUUCUUUGGGGGGAGGCGCAUGUUGGUGGAGCAUUAGCGUGUGUGUGCCUGGGCCAGGGGUGGCUGCAAAUUUGCUGGUUGUUUCUUUGUAUCCGUGGGGGUCUGCCUGUUUGUCCCCUGCAUCCAGGGUUUGGGCUUUCGAGCUUGGCUGUUUGCUUCCUUGUCUUCACCCCUGUGGAUUGGUCUACAUUUGUGUUUAUGUUCAUGUUUUAUUUUUGUUUCUGUAAAGUUAAUUCCUGGAGGAAUUACUAAGUAAGCCUGAUCUCAUCUGGCUAAUGUCGAGGCCCGACCCCUUCUCUUGGCAGCUUGGGUGCUAGGCCCACACCACCAUGUCACUGCCUCCACACCCAGUUACCAUCCUGCACACACUGCUGCUCCUGCCAGUUCUUCUGAGCUCAGUGCCAACCCUAGCCAGAACCCCCUGUUAUUUUCCAGGUUGGGGAGAGUUGGCACCACAGAUCAAUGGUCAGACCUGGGCCAACCUGGCACUUCGGGAGAAUGAACGCUACCACUUCACCUGCCGAGUGAUAGGAGGGUCUGGCAUCCCCCAGUUGGCCUGGUACCUGGACGGACAGCUGCAGGAGGCCAGCACCUCAAGGCUGCUGAGUGUGGGUGGGGAGGCCUUCUCUGGAGGCACCAGCACCUUCACUGUCACUGCCCAGCGGGCCCAACAUGAGCUCAACUGCUCCCUGCAGGAUCCAAGCAGUGGUCGGUCAGCCAACGCCUCCAUCAUCCUCAACGUGCAAUUUAAGCCGGAGAUUGCCCAGGUCGGGGCCAAGUACCAGGAAGCUCAGGGCCAGAGCCUCCUUGUGGUUCUUUUUGCCUUGGUACAUGCCAACCCACCUGCCAAUGUGACCUGGAUCGACCAGGAUGGGCUGGUGACUGUCAACACCUCAAACUUCCUGGUUCUGGAAACCCAGAAUUACCACUGGCUCACCAACCACACGGUGCAGGUACAGCUUCGCAGCCUGGCAUACAACCUCUCUGUGGUAGCCACCAAUGAUGUGGGUGUCACCAGUACUUCACUUCCAGCCCUAGGACUCCUGGCCACUCAGGUGGAAGUGCCACUACUGGGCAUCAUUGUGGCUGGAGGGCUAUCCCUGGGCACCCUGGUAGCAUUCAGCACCUUGGUGGCCUGCCUGGUCUGCAGGAAAGAAAAGAAGACCAAAGACCCCUCCCGGCGCCGAUCUCUGAUCUCUAGUGACUCCAACAACCUGAAAAUCAACAACGUGCACCUGCUGCGGGAGAACAUGUCCCUUCCAUGUAACCUUCAGCUCAAUGACCUCACUCCAGAUUCCAGAGGGAAACCAGCAGACCAGCAGAUGGCUUGGAAAAACAGCCAACCAGAGCUUCCGGAUUCAGGGCCUGGUGGCCUCCUUACCAGCCAAGGUUUCAUCCGUCUACCAAUGCUGGGCUACAUCUAUCGAGUGUCCAGUGUCAGCAGCGAUGAGAUCUGGCUCUGAGCUAAGGGCAAAAUGGAGGGUGCCAUGGCCCCUGGGCACUCUCCCACUCCUCUGAGGCAUCCUCUGUCCUGCCAUGUUGCCAGUGAGAAGAAGCCUGUUCCACUUUUGUUGCACCCCUAACUGGGAUGCCCUCUCUGUCAUCCACGUGAUGGUUCUGCUGGGAUCUGACCCUCAGGGGCACAGGUGUCCUUGUCAAGAAGCCGGCUGGACCUAAACCCUUGUACUAACUCGGGUUGUGGGUCUGCAUGUGAUGCUCGUGCCCAAGCAGAUACAGCUCUUUGCUCAUGUGUUCAGAUGUCAUCUGGCAUCUUAAGUGUGGCUUGGGCCUGCCCUGCCUCAUACCAGUACUCGGCACCUUGUACAGCUGGCAUGGGGUCAUGCCUGGUUGUGGGACAAGGAAGGCCUUGCACGUCUUGAAUUUCUUUUCCCAUGUUAUGUAGCCUUGUUCCCUCAGGGAAAAUUCAGGACCCCACUAGCCAUAUAGAACCAAAAUGUUCUUUGCACAGGUGACAACCCCUGUCCUGGGGGCAUUGGCCAAGCACAGACUAGUCUUUUUUGCUGUAUACCUCUGCUUUUUCUCUGUCCCUACCUUCUCUUGGGUAUCAUUGGUUAUAUGGUAGACCUUUUCCACUUCUUCACUGGGCACCGGACUUCCCUAUUGGCCUGGUCUCUGGUGGUGCUAGUGCCUGGUGUUACCAUAAAUCAAGAGAAAAGAGGGAGGUGAGAAGCCUAGUGGCGUCCAGGACAGCAUGUAGCUAUGCAUCUUCUUCGUAGUGUUUUUCUUAGUUAGCACUUUAAACACAUCCCCUGGGGAGGGGUGAGUGAGGGCCUUCUCUGUGGGUUCCCCAAGUCUGGAUUCCUGUGAUUCAGUGAGUACCCUGAGCCCUCGGGGUCGAUGGUUUCCCCCUCCACAUGUCUCCCCUUCAUGAGAGAGCUCAGCCCUGACUAACCCUACUGCCCCUCAGUAGGAAGCCACUCUUCCCAUCCCAUCCUCUGCUCUUCAGGGAAUGUUUAUAGUGGCACAUAAUUCAACAGUGCCAGAACAGUUGGGGGCCAUGGAGCAAGAGAGAUACUGCAUACCCCAAUACAGCCUAAGGACAUGUUACAAAGCACCAUGGAAGUGACUGCAAAUUAAGUAUAUUUCCCCCUUGUUAUCUUGUUUUGUCGUUUUUCUCAUGUUACAGCCAAGCACAGUGCUGAGCACACAGUAAAUUCAAUAAACUUGACUGAAUGAAUGUUACAUGUCUUUCCUUCCUUCAAAUAGUUCUCUCAAUGACAUCUUAAGUCACACAGUAUAGAAAAUAUAGGAAAUACCUGUGUGCCCACCACUCAACUCUUGAAUCUUAACACUCUAUUUGCUUCAGAUCUUUUUUUAAAGAUUUUUAUUUAUUUAUCUUUAGAGGGGAAGGGAAACAGA